GUUACCCUUCAAUUCAAUAUUUGGUAGUAAAGAUAGUACCGCCAAAAUGCCACCAAAAAAGAAGAAAGGAAGCACACGAGCUGCUUCGACGCCUGUUGAAGACCAAGAUGCCAUGGCAAUUGAUACUCCCAAGAAGGCCGAACCACUAAAACCAAGCUACAAUAUCUUGAAAGAUCCAUGGACGGAUGAACAAGAAACUUCACUGUUCAAAGGUAUUGUCAAGUGGAAACCAGCUGGUAUGCACAAACACUUUCGCAUGAUUGCACUUUCAGAACAUCUACGGAAUCACGGGUAUGAUCCUCGUGUUGAACAACAUACUCGGAUACCUGGCAUAUGGGAGAAGUUGCGAACCUGUUACAAUUUGGAUGUAAUCGAUGAUCGCGAAAAUUCAUUUGACUACGAAGAGGAUACCGAACACCGGUUUCCCGAGUUUACGCUGCCCGACGAGGAAUAUGGAGAGAUGUGUUUCAUGCGGGGGAAGCGAACAGAUGAAGAAUUAAGUGAAGCGCCUUCGUCACCUUCAAGAUUGAUGGAAACCUCGGAACCAAAGGAGUCACCAGAGCCCGAAGUUCAUGGAACCACCAGAAAAAGGAAGAGGGGGAAAGAGAGAGCAAGUACUGUUGAUACAACGGAGACGAGAACAUCACCACCUGCACAAAGUUCACCACCAAAAUCUACCAGAGCCGGGAGGAGUGCCAAUAGAGCUGCGGGAAAGGCGAAAGCAGAAUCGAGUUCGAGGCAGCAGAGUGUUGCAACCGUCACAACCGUGGAGGAUGGAGCCGAGGACGACGAAGAAAUCGACGAAGGCCUCGAGGGAACACCGACGAGAUCUAGAGGGGCGGAUACGAAGAAAUCUAGGGCACAAUCCUCCAACAGGAAAAGCAAAAGGAAGAGAUAACGUAUUCGUAUUUGUGUGGUGUAUAUCUGUAUUGUUCUAAGACAUGAUUAUGAGGAGCGAGGCGUUCUUUGGUGGAUGUUUAUAUCUGCAUAUAGCGGUUCUUGUAUCAUAUGGCGUAUGGCUUUCAUGGUAGGAGAUGGAGAUCAGACUGGCUGUUUUAGUAGCAAUUUUACCAGAAACAUGACUGGUGUGAAGAAGUACUAUCCUAUUAAAAAUGGCUGGGCUCGUACAGUAUAAUAAAAACCGGAAACAUCUUAAAGAGCAUCCACCUGCUUUAAAGGGGAUGUAUUUACGAGACGAAGCAUAUAUAUGAGCUGUAUCCAUAGUUUCCAUCAAAUUUUCAAAAAAUCAACAUCACCAUCACA